CUUUCGGUGCUCGGCCGCGGCGUCGCUGCGAGUCAGCAGUGGAGAUCGCGCGCGCGAACUCGAUUACAUCAGAGGGUAAAGAGAGGCUAUAAGCCACAACGCUGGACUCAGCACACGUUCACACGCUCAAUCAAGUGUAGAGGUAUUGCGUUACCUUGGAUGAGCCACUGCCGCUACGGCCGUCCGCGGCCGAGAGAAGCCCGGCCGGAGGAGACCCUGCAACAGUACUCGCUCGACCACGCAGCUGCGUGGAACCCGGCGAACGUUUCGUUGCUCACUCCUUCUUUCAUAUACAGCUUUGCCGAGCGACCAACCAUUUUCGGAGCUGGCCCACUUUACCUGAGAAGACAACACCAGCCUCGCCAUGCCCAACUGUCCCAAGUGCGACAAGCCCGUAUAUUUCGCUGAGAGGAAAACAUCUCUAGGAAAAGAUUGGCACGGAGCAUGUUUGCGAUGUGAGAAAUGUAACAAAACAUUAAAUCCCGGUGGUCACGCAGAACACGAAGGAAAGCCGUAUUGCAAUAAUCCUUGCUAUUCAGCAAUGUUUGGUCCCGGAGGUUUCGGUCGAGGUGGAGCUCAGAGUUACGUAUACAACAAAUAAUUUUACCGCGAAAACAUUAUAGAUUAGUUUUACAUUUUGAAUAAAUCAUCAGUAUAAUUUAUUCUUUUUCGUUAUAUAUUUACUUUUUUAAAUAAUCGGUGAAAAAUUAUGAAUUUUCACGUUCAUAAAGAAAAUAAAUUAUAUAUGCUUGUUUGUAAUAACUGCAUCACUACCUUAAAUAAAAAAUAAGUUGUUAUU